AAUUACCGUAUGGGAAGUCAUUCGGUGGUGGUCGCCGGCUUCUCACCGGUCUCCCGUAACUACAUUUUGCUCGGUCACAGAAGCGCGGGCUCUCUUUGUUGUCUCGACUAACACAGACGUCCGAAACUAUUAACUAGUAACUAAGGCGAUAUUAUGACAAUGAACAACAACAUAUCCGGGCGCGCGGCAAAGUGAACAAAGUCGCGAAGAGGCUCCGCGAGCGCGGCGCUCGGAGUGGACUCGAGGCGGAUUGCGGAGGAACCGUUACUAGACAAGACAGCCCUGCGUGUCCCGCCGGGCGGAGCUGCUGGGAGAAUGCGCGAGCGCGCCGCAGCCGAAUGAGCGCGAGCGCGCGGCCGGAGCACGCAGACGGCGGACGAUGGCGGCCCCUCCGCAGCGCAGGUUGUCGCGGGUGACAGUCCUUCACGAAUACAUCGGCCACAGAGUCUUUGAGCUCCAGCCCUCUGCAGCUGUCAGAGAUGUCAAACAACUCAUCUACGAAGAGGCCGACAUCCCUGUGGAGGAGCAGCAGUUGCUCCACCAUGGAAAACUGCUGCAUGACCGAGUUCAGAUCGGGACCCUGGUGCAGGUUGGAAGUCAUGAAAUAUUCAUGACAUUGCAAGGAAAGGGUCUGAAAGGAGGAGGAAGGUUUGGCCAGACAACUCCGCCCUUGGUGGAGUUUCUCAAAGACAUUCUACGGCGGUAUCCUGAAGGGGGACAAAUCCUGAAAGAACUGAUCCAAAAUGCUGAAGAUGCUGGGGCGACGGAGGUUAAGUUUAUGUACGAUGAGACCGAGUAUGGACGGGAGUCACUCUGGUCACAAGAGAUGGCGCAGUAUCAAGGAACGGCUUUGUAUGUCUACAAUAAUGCUGUGUUUACUGCUGAAGACUGGAAUGGAAUCCAGGAGAUCGCAAGGAGCAGAAAGAGGGAUGAUCCUCUGAAAGUUGGACGAUUUGGGAUUGGGUUCAACUCUGUGUACCACAUAACAGAUGUUCCUAGUAUUUUUAGUGGUGAUCAGAUUGGCAUGCUGGACCCCCAUCAGACCCUCUUUGGACCCCAUGAGUCUGGACAAUGCUGGAACUUAAAAUCAGACCUCAAAGAAAUAACAGAGCUCUCCGACCAGUUUGCCCCCUACGUUGGCUUAUUUGGAAGCUCUGAGAGCACCAUCAAAGAUGGCAGCUUCCCUGGCACCCUGUUCCGCUUCCCGCUCCGCGUUAAGCCCUCGCAGCUCAGCAGCAACAUCUACAAUAAGGAAAAGGUGUUGGAACUUUUUGAGUCGUUCAAAGCAGACGCAGACACGGUGUUGCUGUUCCUCAAGAACGUGCAGGAGGUGUCCCUCCACGUUCGUGAAUCGGAUGGUACCGAGAGGGUGCUCUUCCGGGUGACAGCGGGUGAGAACCCAGAGCAGAAGCUGGAGAGGCCAAACUCCUUGAAGGCCCUAGCUCUGGCCAUUGACAGCUAUAGCAAUGGAGUGCCUGGUGAUGAGAUCACAUGUGCUACCUACCAGGUCAACAUUGAAGCUCAGGAUGAAACCAUAAAGGAGACACAGAGGACAACUUGGCUCGUGUGCAAUGGGGUCGGAGGGCGAGGGAUAUGUGGCGAGCUUGAUUCCCUGGCAGAUGACCUCAGGUUCAUCCCCACCAUUGGCAUUGCCCUGCCUCUGACGCUGAUUGAUGAGGACCAGGGAGCCACACCUGGCUUCUCGGGGCGGGCAUUCUGCUUCCUCCCCCUCCCCCCUGGGGAGGAGAGUAUGACUGGCCUGCCAGUGCAUGUCAGCGGUUUCUUUGGCCUCACCGACAACCGACGGAGCAUUAAGUGGCGGGAGGUGGACCAGUGGAGGGAUCCCGCAGCCCUGUGGAAUGAGCUGCUCAUAGUCACCGUCAUCCCCAGGGCCUACUUCACACUCAUCAUGGAAGCCAUCAGGCGGAUACAAAACAAGAAGGACCAGGAGUUCCAGCUCUCCGCCAGGGGGACCUACGGGGCCUGGCCGGACCCCAGCAAGAUCCGGCCACGCUGGAAGCCAAUUCUUGAGCCCCUUUUCCGGGACCUGCUCCAGCAGCCAGUUAUCUACUCACUCACCAACACCUGGUUGUCGGUGGAUGAUGCUGUCUUCUCAGAGCUGGAUGACAGUGAGGAGAGCACUGAAGCUGUGCUUGGCUACCUCCAGAGCUCAGGGAUCCAGGUGGCUAAAGUACCGGCUGCUGUCGACGCAGUCUUGACCGAGUUCAUUACCGCACCGCGGGUCACGAAGAAAGUGACCGCCGCUCUGGUACGGCAAGUGCUGAGGAAGGCCAGGCACAAGGGGUCCACCGGAGAGAAACUGCUCCUCCUGGAGUUUGUCCUCAGCGAUGCCUGUUACAGUGACCUCAUCGGGCUCGAACUGCUUCCGCUGCAGAGCGGAACAUUUACAGCAUUUUCCUCCUCUGUCAAUGACAAGGAUGCAGUCUACAUUGCCAGCGAGGAGUUUCCCAGAUCUCUGUACCCAGGACUAGAAGGGAGAUUUAUACUGGAAAGUAUAAAACCAUCUGUUAUGACCAGCUUGAAGGAAGCAGCCAAAAGCAGAGGAAGACCGUGUACCCAGGUACAAGAGCUUACACCUGAGCGAUCGGCCCGUCUUAUCAAGGAGAUCCUUACGACAGCUUGGCCUUCCAGAGACUUUGCUGUUGAGUGGAAUCCUGGGAAUCGGGAGAAGAGACAUCCUUCUGUCCACUGGCUAAAGAUGGUGUGGAAACACCUAUACAUUAACUUUGCUGAUGACCUUGCCAUCUUAGAAGACAUGCCUUUGAUCCCAAGCAUACCACUGGAGGAUGGGAUGGUGUCUGUAGAGCUUCUGCGCCUCAGAAGUCCUUCCCCUAUCAUUCUUGUGGAAGAGGAACAGGAGGUUCCACUUUCAGAAUGUCUUUUAGAGGUCAUGAAAAAACUUGGUGGCGUUAUCAUGAAAAAGCUUGAUCCAUGCUUACAACACCCCCUACUCAAAAACUACAUCCAUCAGUCAUCACCCAGCAUGCUGCUGCAAAUAAUGGACAGAUCCUCAACUCAGAGAGUAGCCAGUCAGGUUGCAUCUUUCUCUGACAAACAAAAGGUUGCAUUAAGAAGUUUCUUAGCUGGCUUGUCAGAUGUUACAGAGAAAGAUAAGCGCAUUCUUCAGGAACUCACAAUCUUUGAAAAAAUAGGACCCAGCACAGAAGAAGGCACACCAGUGUUCACAGCAUUAAAGGGGGCCAAAGCUUUGCAUCACACAGCCAAAAUUCCGUCAGAUGUCCGGUUGUCCAUGAAUCUCAUUGACAGUACUGAUGAGGCUGCCAUUCGUCUCAUUAAAAUACUGAAUGUUGAACAGUUGAAAAGUACUGAAUGUUUAAAGGUGAUUCUUCAGGACAUACAGAAGGGGUUUUACACCAAAGAGGAAGUUACCAAACUCAUGCUCUGGGUUCUCAAGCAUUUAUCCUUCCUAAAGAAUGAGGACCCCUCUAUAAUUCAGUGCAUUUCAUCUCUCAAAUUCAUUCAUAGUGCUCAAGAAAAGCCUGUUGCUGCCACAGAUCUCUUUGAUCCAGAGCUUGACAUUCUACAGGACCUUUUCUAUAUGGAAGAGGAGACCAGGUUCCCCCCAGAUCUGUACAUUUCAUCCCCAGACAUGCUCCAUUCUCUAAGACAGCUGGGGCUAAAAAAUGAAGUGCAGCUCACUGAAAAAGAUGCAGUUCAGGUAGCACAUAAAAUUGAAGAAUUACAGCGCAAGGCUGAGCCAGAAUGGGACCCCCUACUGAAAAAAGCCAAAACGUUGCUGACAAUAUUAAACAAACAGACCAAGUUAGUAAAAUCUCCAGAAGCCCAGGCCUCUUUGCAAAAACUUAAGUGGGUUCCAGUUUGUAAAGACAGGCCUCUAAAUUACCCUCUCUCUUUGGCAUGGAUGGGAGACCUGUUCAACAUUUGCUCAUUCUCCGAGAUGUGCGAUAUCUCUUAUGCCGUGUUAGUGGGUUCAUCAGUAGCUCUUGUGGAGCGCACUUCGGGAGGUAUGAAGAAGGCACUAAAGCUAUCAUUAGAGCCCCAGGUAGAUCAAGUUCUACAGCAUUUAAAGGCAGUAAAUGACUGGCAUAAAUCCCAAGCUUUUACCACAGAAGACUGGUAUCAGUUCCAACAAAUUCUUUUUGAAAUUUAUGAUUUCAUGCAAGCACACCUUGAAGAUGCUAGAGAAGCAAUGAAGUCACUGCCAUUCGACUGGGUCUGGACUGGGAAAACAUUCUCUUCUCCCAGUCAAACUGUUUUAAAACCCAUCUCUGAUCUAGAUUUGCAACCUUACUUGUACUCGUUACCAAAAACUAUGGCAAAAUUUCAUAAACUGUUUCAGUUUUGUGGCUCAGUUGAAGAAAUUGUCCCAAGUCACGUGUUUGAGGUGGUCAGAACUAUCAGACAAAGGACUGAACAAGAAAUGACAAAAGAAGACAGCAAACACAAUCUUCUUCUGCUGAUUAACAUCUUGCGAUGGCUGUACAACAAUCAGAUUUCUGUGGACACUGACAUGCAUGUUCCCAUCCUUUGCUAUAAAGAUCCCAGUAAACUGGUUAUGAAACCCAUACAUGAAUGCAGUUACUGUGACAUCAAAGUGGAUGACCUCAAUGACUUGCUUGAAGAUGUGACAGAGCCCAUCAUUUUAGUUCAUGACGACAUUCCAAUGAAAACUGCUGAAUGGCUAAAAGUGCCGUGCUUAAGUACAAGAUUGAUAAAUCCCGAAAACCUUGGGUUUGAACAGUCGGGUCAGCGAGAACCUCUAACUGUACGCAUUAAGAACAUUCUGGAGGAAUACCCAUCAGUCUCUGAUAUCUUCAAAGAACUCCUGCAGAAUGCUGAUGAUGCCAAUGCAACAGAAUGCAGUUUUCUUAUUGAUAUGAGGAAAAAUCUUGAGAUAAGGGAGAACCUGCUGGACCCUGGUAUGGCUGUUUGCCAUGGCCCUGCAUUGUGGUCUUUCAACAAUUCUGUGUUUUCAGACACAGACUUUCUAAAUAUAACCAGACUAGGAGGGUCCAUGAAGAGAUGUGAAGCUGACAAAGUAGGCAAAUUUGGACUGGGAUUCAAUUCAGUCUACCAUGUGACUGACAUCCCAAUUAUUAUGAGCAGAGAGUUCAUGAUCAUGUUUGAUCCCAACAUCAAUCACAUCAGCAAACAUAUCAGAGACAAAUCCAACCCUGGUAUUAAGAUUAAUUGGAGUAAACAGCAAAAACGGUUAAGAAAGUUUCCAAAUCAGUUCAGACCUUUCGUCAAUGUCUUCAAUUGUCAGCUGCCUCUUUCCCAAGAGUCCCCUUACAAAUACAACGGGACCCUCUUUAGACUACCUUUUAGGACUGAGCAGGAGGCAUCAGUGAGUGAAAUCAGUACUGCCUACUACAACACCACAGACAUUUACUCGCUUGUUGAUGAAUUCAGUAUUUGUGGCCAUCGUCUCAUUCUUUUUACUCAACAUGUUGGCUCAAUGGUUUUGAAAUACCUUAAAUAUGAAGAACCAAAUCCUGCAGCUUCCCAAGAUGUAGUGAUUAUCAACAAGAGUGUCUGGUCAUCAAAGGCAUCCUACGGACCUUUGAGCAUCUUAAAGGCAGCAGCAAAAGUCAUGAAAAAGGUAGCAGGAACUAACCGAGUGCCUGCUGACGUCCCCAAAUCUGGCUGCAUCAUCAGAAUUGUGGUUGAAGAGUUUCACAACGUAUUCAGACGCAUUGUAGAUCUUCAUUCACCACUAUUCAGGGGUCCAGAUGAUGAUCCAUCCUCAUACUUUGAGAUGGCUGCAAAAGGUGGUCAAGUCAAAAGGCUUACUGAUGAAAUGCCUCAAAAGUCAAUUGAUGUAACAAACUGGCUUAUUUGCUCAUGCAUGGAUGUGGGGGAAGCCCUCAAAUUCUCUUUGAGUGAAAGUGGAAAAAGGCUUGGACUAGUUCCCUGUGGAGGUGUCGCAGUGUUGCUUUCAGAGGGAGAGAAUCGAACAUGGACUGUGAAGACAAGUCCCACUCCCAUUGGAGAAGUGUUUUGCUAUCUUCCUCUCAGGAUCAAAACGGGCCUGCCUGUUCAUAUCAAUGGCUGUUUUGCUGUUACAUCAAAUCGUAAAGAGAUUUGGAAAACAGACACAAAAGGAAACUGGAACUCAGUCUUCAUGAGGCAUGUGAUUGUUCAAGCAUACUUGGCUGCCCUCAGCAUCAUGCGAUCCAUGGCAGAAAGUGGAGAAUUGGUUAACUACAACUACUAUGCAGUAUGGCCUGAUCCUAGUCUUGUUCAUGAUGACUUUUCCUUGAUCAGUCAGGGGGUCUAUCAGGAAAUAGCCAAAGGAGGUCACAGUGACCUUGCAAAAGUGUUCUCUGAUGGCAAAAUCUGGGUGUCCAUCAAGUAUGUCAGAUUCUUGGAUGAUUCCUUGCUCUGCAGGUCUGACAUUGGCCCUGCUGCCUUUAAGAUCUUUUUGAAGUACCUCCGGAAGAGUGGCUCCCAAGACCUCUGUGCAGUUGAGCUGCCAGAUUGGGUCAAAGAAGGCUUUGAUGAUGCUGGAUGUAAAGGUAAACUUAUGGAGAACACACUCACAGAAAAGCAGUUCUUCUCUGAUGUAUUUUUUCCCCACAUCCAGGAUAUUGACAAGGACCUACGUGACCCCUUAAUGCAUUAUGUGCUCAAUGAAAAAUUGGAGGAAUUUGCAGGGAUCCUAAAAGAAACACCGUGCAUCCCAUGCUCUGGAUCAUCUCAUGAACUUGUUGUGCCUUCUCGACUCAUACAUCCAGAGGGAAGAGUAGCAAAACUGUACAAUUCCGAUGAUGGCCGUUUCCCAGAGGGAACAUCACAGGACUACUUGAAUCCAGUGUGCUUAGUAAAAUUAGUGCAACUGGGAAUGGUUAAGGAUGACCUUUCCUGGGAAGACCUUAUUGAGCGGGCUGAAUCAGUUGCAGCAUUAAACAAGAGUGAUCACACAGCAGCGUGCUUACGCAGCAGUAUUUUGCUUAGUCUCAUUGAUGAGAAACUUAAAAUUCAUGACCCGAGAUCAAAAGAGUACACUGAAAAGCUGCAGAACAUUUGCUUUCUUCCAUUUUUGACAAAACCUGCAGGAUUCUCACUACCAUGGUAUGGAAACAACUUCCCUCCUUCAGCUAUGUUUGCUGCUACUGAUCUGUACACAACUGAGCACCAGGACACUGUUUGCUUGAUGAAACCCAUACUCAAUGAGAACUCGCCAUCUUUUAAAGGGUGUGGCCCAAUCACCUUAGCUGUUAAAGACUUUUUGGGACUCAUAAAAAAGCCAACUGUUGAACUUGUAAUGAGACAAUUGAUGGAGCUUUCUAAGUCAUUUGAUGGAGUCACUUUGUAUCAAGAAAAUAUAACCAAUGCCUGCUACAAAUAUCUGCACGAGGAAAUGCUACAAGAUGAUGUGGCCAAGGAACAAAUUGUGGAAGAACUCAAAACAUUCAGCUCCAUUCUUGUAGAAAACACAUACGUGAAUCCAUCAAAGGUAGCUUUCCAUCUGAACUUUGACUCAGCGCCCUAUCUGUAUCAACUUCCUAAUAAGUACAGAAACAGUUGUCGGGAGCUUUUUGAGAAUGUUGGGGUUUUGCCAAGCUUCACAGUUGAAAAUUUUUCUGCGGUUCUUGAGCUCGUGAAAAAAGAAUGUGGGCGAAAACCCCUCUCAGAGGAGAGCUUUCAGCUGUCACGCAGAAUAAUCAGUGAAGGAAUAUGGAGUUUGAUUAGAGACAAAAACCCGGAAUUCUGUCAGAGCAACUAUGGAGAAAUACUUUUGCCAGACACCAAUCUUUCACUGCAGCCAUCAAAGUCUUUGUGUUACAAUGACUGUCCGUGGAUCAAAGUCAGGGACUCAACAGUGAAGUACUGCCAUGCUGACAUUCCAAGAGAAGUGGCAGUAAAAUUAGGAGCUGUGCCCAAACGACACAAGGCUUUAGAAAGGUAUGCUUCCAACAUAUGUUUCACAACCCUUGGAAGCGAGUUCGGCCAGAAAGAGAAACUUACAAGCAGAAUUAAAAGUAUUCUCAAUGCAUAUCCAUCAGAAAAGGAAAUGCUGAAAGAGCUUCUUCAAAAUGCAGAUGAUGCCAAAGCCACAGAAAUUUACUUUGUGUUCGAUCCAAGAUGCCACUCCACAGAUAGAAUUUUUGAUGACAAAUGGAUUCCUAUGCAGGGACCUGCUCUUUGUGUCUAUAAUAACCAGCCGUUCACUGAAGAUGAUGUGCGAGGAAUCCAGAACCUUGGACGAGGUACAAAGGAAGCAAAUCCAGGUAAAACUGGUCAAUAUGGUAUAGGAUUCAACUCCGUUUAUCACAUCACAGACUGUCCCUCUUUCAUUUCAAAUAACGACAUUCUAUGCAUCUUUGAUCCCCAUGCUCGCUAUGCUCCAGGGGCAACAUCUGUUAGUCCUGGAAGAAUGUUCAGAGACUUGGAUUCUGAUUUUAGAACACAAUUUUCAGAUGUUUUAAAUUUGUACUUGGGCACUCACUUCAAACUUGAGCGUGCCACGAUGUUCCGAUUUCCAAUUCGCAGUGCAGACAUGGCAAAAAUUUCUGAAAUCAGCUCUGUUGCUGCCUCAGACAGAAUGGUACAAAAUCUCCUUGACAAGCUGAGAACCGAUGGAGCUGAAUUGCUUAUGUUUUUGAACCACAUGGAGAAAAUCUCCAUCUGUGACAUAGACAUCAGCACAGGAGAUCUGAAAGUACUGUACUCUGUAACUGCUAAAAUUACAGAUGGCGAUCGCUUAAAGCGCAAGCAGUUUCAUGCAUCUGUGGUUGACAGCGUUACCAAAAAAAAGCAGCUGACUCAAAUCCCUGUCCAACAGAUCACCUACACAAUGGACAUAGAAGACUCGGAUGGGAACUCAACGACUUGGUUGGUCUGCAACCGAUCUGGCUUCUCCAACAUUGAAAAAGUUUCCAAGAGUGUAAUUUCAGCACACAAAAAUGAAGACAUAACUCUCUUUCCACGUGGUGGUGUAGCUGCAUGUAUAAGCCACAACUACAAAAAACCGCACAGAGCUUUCUGCUUUCUGCCUCUUUCACUAGAAACUGGUCUCCCGUUUCAUGUCAAUGGGCAUUUUGCCUUAGAUUCUGCUAGGAGAAACCUUUGGAGGGAUGACAAUGGGGUCGGUGUCAGGAGUGACUGGAACAACAAUCUAAUGACUGCUGUGAUAUCACCAGCAUGCGUGGAACUACUCAUUCAGCUGAAACGUCGUUUUUUCCCUGGUCCAGAUCCCACUAUGACUGUGUUGCAGGGUACACCCAUUCACGUAGUCAAAGACACGUUGAAGAAGUUUUUGUUCUUCUUUCCAGUCAACAGGCUUGACAUUCAGCCAGACUGGUAUUGUCUUGUUAAAGCAGUUUACAACUGCAUUCAUGCAGACCUCAAACGUCUACUGCCUGUUGUAAGGGCUCCCCACCUUGACAAUACAGAUAUGCACUCUGCAAUAUAUAUUUCCUGGGUAAACACAUCCACUGCAAAUAAAGGCAGAGCAUUCUUUGACAACCUUCUUCAGGAUGAACUGCAGCACUUAAAAAAUACAGAGUACAACAUAACUACACGAAAAACUAUUGCUGAAAAUGUGUACAGGUUAAAAGCUUUGCUUCUGGAUGUUGGCUUCAACUUGGUGUACAGCUGUGAGGAGACUGCCAGUCUCUAUUUCUGUUUAGAGGAUGCAGGGAUUCCUGUGCGCUACGUGACACCGGAGGAUGUACGCAGCUUCCUUCUGACAUUUUCGGCACCAGACACAACAUGUCAGGUGGGAAAGCUACCGUGUCGACUGCAGCAAUCGAAUUUUAAGCUCUUUCAUAGCUUCAAACUUCUGGUUGACUACAGUUUCAAAGAUUUAGAAGAGGAUGAUGUCCAAAUAGAGGGGUUACCACUUUUGAUUACAAUGGAUAACAUGCUUCAGGUGUUUGAUUCCAAAAGACCCAAAUUUUUGUCAACACACCAUGAGUUGAUUUCCUCUAGAAAAGAGCUGUUUAUGAACACACUUUACAUGAGGUACAGCAAGCUACUCAUGAAGUCUAACGUGGCAAAAGUCUUUGACAUCAGUAGCUUUGGAGGUCUCCUGGGAUCUGUCCUUCCACGUGAAUAUCGGACAAGAACACCAGUAAAAUGGAGAGACAACUAUGCCAGUGAAUCCUGGUUGAAAAGUUCCUGGCACUUUAUCAGUGAAAACAUUGCCGUCAAGGAUGAUCACACAGACAUCAAACCCAAAUUUGAGACUGUCUUGGACAUUCUGAAGGACUGGGCCUUGCUACCUGGUACCAAAUUCAUGGUUUCAAGCAAUAAGCUGGUUGUGCCUGAGUGUGAUGUUUUGCUGCCUUUAAGUCUCAUCUAUGCAGCCAUUUUCCCCACUGGACAGAAUGACAAAGUCUUCCAUACCCUUAUGAAGGGGGGAUGCAUUCAGCUUGCACUGAACAAAAUCUGCACCAAAGAGAACCCUGUGGUACCUCUUCUAGCACAACAUGCAGCAAACAUAGAGAAUCCCUCCAGCAUCCUGAAAGCUUUGGAGUAUAUGAUUCAGACCUCAGCCUUCAAAACCAGUGGGUUGACUGACAAAGACUUUGAGGCACUUCUCUUGUACUUUAACUGCAAUUUACUUAACUUGUCCCAGGAAGAUGUACAUUGUUUGAAGUUGCUCCCAUGUUACAAAUCAGUGAGUGGCAGAUACAUCAGUGUGUCCAGUUUUGGGUCUUGCUACGUCCUUACAAAAAGCAUUCCAACUGCUGAUAUGGAAAAAUGGGCACACACAACAUCCUCAGCCUUUCUAGCUGACAACCCACAACUUAAAGAGCUCUUCAGUUUCCUUGGAUUUACUCCAAUUGAUGAUCUUGAGGUCUACUUAAAGCAUCUCCUGCCAAAGUUUGACAGUUUGUCUUAUGAUGCAAAAAUUGAGCAUCUCAUAUACCUUAAGGAGAGACUUCUGAGUAUGGAGGAGCCUUGUGGGAUGAAGGAUAAGUUAUAUGAGAAACUGGAAGGCCUCUCAUUCAUUUAUGAUUCCACAAACAGACUGAAACCUGCAAAAACAUUUUUUGAUCAAACUGUGAAGGUUUUUGAAGUGAUGCUGCCCACAAAGUCAUUUAUACCCCCAGAUUUCUUCAAGAAGAUUGAGCAAGCCUCAAAGCCAAAGAAUGGGACUUCAUUUCUCCCUUCCUGGAUCACAUUCCUGAGAAAUAUUGGACUGAAGUACAUAGUUUCUCAGCAGCAAGUUUUACAGUUUGCAAAAGAGAUCAGCAUUAAACCUCAGUCCAAAGAAACAACACAAAUGGUUGUUGAUGUUUUACUUAAUCACAUUUUUACUGAGAGAACAGAUCUUUUUGUGGGUACCUUUCUCAAAGAUUUAUCAAUGAUACCAUUCUUGUGCCCUGAACGUGCCCCAGUUGAACUUGUUAGACUCCAUGCUCAACAUCAGGAAAUGAAUGGUACUCUCCCACUGAUUCGCUUCAAUGGGUCACAGGUGAAUCCAAAGUUCAAGCAAACGGAUAUCAUGCAGUUACUUUGGACCUCUUGCCCUAUUCUUCCAGAAAAGGCCAUCCCCGCUAGCAUGAAAGACCAAGAAGGGAGCACACUCGCUAGCCAAGAACAACUUGAUCAAGUUUUGACCAUGCUUAAUGUCAACUUGGACCCACCAUUGGACAAAGUGAUAAGCAACUGCAAAAAUAUCUGUAGCAUAUCUAACCUUGACGAUGACAUGGUGAAAACGAGAAACAAAGUCCUAAGGAGCACUUAUGAAUUUCUAAAUGCAGACAAAAGGGAUUUUCGGUAUCAGCUACGAGGUAUAUCUUUUGUCAUGGUUGAGGAGGGAUGGAAACUCCUAAAGCCAGAAGAGGUUGUCAUAAAUCUAGACAAUGAAUCAGACUUCAAACCCUACCUUUACAAACUCCCUUUAGAACUUGGCACCUUUCAUCAGUUGUUUAAGCUUCUGGGAACUGAGGAUGUUGUGUCAACAAAACAAUAUGUGGAAGUCCUUUACCGCAUUUACAGAAAUUCAGAGGGUAAGCAGCUUGAUCCAAAUGAAAUGAGAACAGUGAAGCGAGCUGUUUCUGGACUUUUCAAAAGCCUUCAGAAUGAUCCAGUUCAGGUACGGAAAGACCUUGAAAACCUCAGAGAUCUGACUUUUUACUUGCCUAGUCACGAUGGCAGACUAGCUAAAUCAAAUGGUUUAGUGUUUGAUGAUGCCCCACACUACAAAAGUAGAAUCCAGGGUAAUGUUGGGGUCCAGAUGCUAGUGGACAUGAGUCAGUGUUACCUCGGCAAAGAUCACGCUUUCCACACAAAGCUGAUCAUGCUGCUGCCUCAGAAGCUUCGACCCCGACUUCUGAGUAGUAUACUGGAAGAGCAGUUAGAUGAAGAAUCUCCCAAAAUGUGUCAGUUUGGAGCUCUUUGCUCUCUUCAGGGUCGUCUGCAAUUGCUCCUGUCAUCAGAACAAUUUAUUACAGGGCUAAUUCGCAUAAUGAAGCACGAAAAUGACAACGCUUUCCUAGUGAAUGAAGAAAAAGCUAUCCGAUUGUGCAAAGCUCUUUGUGAGGGUUUAAAGGUCUCCUGCUUUGAGAAAUUGCAGACGACAUUGCGUGUCAAAGGUUGUAGCCCUAUCCCAAACAGCAAAAGUGAAACUCUAGCGUUUUUGAAAAGGUAUGGAACAUCAGUGAUACACCUGUAUAUUCAGCACUCAGAUAGCAAAGAUAUCAAUUUCUUGUUAGCCCUGGCAAUGACACUUAAAUCUGCAACGGAUAACUUGAUAUCUGACACCUCCUAUCUCAUUGCCAUGCUGGGGUGCAACGACAUCUAUCGGAUCACAGAGAAGCUGGACAAUUUGGGUGUCAAAUAUGACUCCACUGAACCUUCUAAACUUGAGCUUCCCCUCCCAGGAACGCCGAUACCUGCAGAAAUACAUCACAUUUUACUAAUGGAUCCCAUGAAUGUGUUUUACCCAGGAGAAUAUGUAGGAUACCUUGUUGAUUCUGAAGGAGGAGAUAUAUAUGGCUCUUACCAACCAACCUAUACUUACGCCAUCAUAGUUCAAGAAGUGGAAAGAGAAGAGGAUGAAAACCCAAGUUUCUUAGGGAAAUGUUUCCAAAUUGACAUUGGGUACAGUGAGUAUAAAAUUGUCAGUUCACUUGACUUGUACAAAUUUUCCAGACAAGAUGACAGCACUCAUAUCAGGGAUAGUGCUCCAUCAACACCAACAAGUCCUUCAGAAUGUCCAUCUCCUGGUCAGCGAAUGAUGCCGCCACUUUUUCCUGGAAAAGAAAGUCUCAGAGCCCCUCCUUCAAAGCCAUCUCCCCAGAAAUUAAGGCUUAAUGCAUUGCCAGAAAUUCUAAAAGAAGUGACCUUAGUGAUUGAACAAGCAUGGAAACUGCCAGAAACUGAAAGGAAGAAGAUUAUACGGCGAUUAUACCUCAAGUGGCACCCAGACAAAAAUGCUGAGAAUUUGGAUAUAGCCACAGAAGUCUUUAAACACCUACAGAAUGAAAUCAGUAGAAUGGAGAAACAGUCCCUGGUAGAGCAGACUGCAGACAGGACAUCAAGGAGACCAUUCUCAACAUCAUCCACUCGCUUCCAGCAGUCUGAGAAGUUUUCAUUCCAAAGGUUUUACACAUCAUGGAAUCAAGAGGCUACAAGUCAUAAGUCUGAAAAGCAGCAGUUUCGGGAGCAGUACACGGGAUUUUCUGGCUCAUCGCAUUCAAAUCGUUACUUUGUACCUCCAUCGUUUAAGUCGGUUGGGAACCCUGUGGAGGCACGCAGAUGGCUCAGGCAAGCGAGGGCCAACUUCUCAGCCGCAAGGAAUGAUCUCCACAAAAAUGCCAAUGAGUGGGUGUGCUUUAAGUGUUACCUAGCCACCAAACUUGCUCUGAUAGCUGCCGACUAUGCUGUUCGUGGGAAAUCGGAUAAGGACGUAAAACCCACAGCGCUAGCGCAGAAGGUGGAGGAAUACAACUCGCAGCUGGCUGGACUUGCCAAAGACGUGAACAUACUGGAGGGUUAUGGUGUGGACAGCUUGAGAACUCGCUAUCCUGACCUCCUUCCCUUUCCUCAGAUUCCCAAUGAUAGAUACACGUCUGAAGUUGCAAUGAGAGUGAUGGAAUGCACAGCACGGAUUAUUAUUAAACUUGAGACUUUUGUGCAGCAAAAAAUAUAGCUUAUACUUGUCCAUUUAAACAAGGCCAUAUGCAUAGAGCCUUUAAACAGUAGAAAACAUAGUGGCUGCGUGCAAUGUUCCUGACUGUAUUGUUGCGUUAAGGCAAAUUUAUGUAUCCAGCUGGCAGCUUAUAUAUGCAGCAUCAAUACUGGUAAAUUUAAAAUAUAGCUGCUUGAUGUUCAAAGAAGCAGCUGUCUAAUGCUGACAAUAAGUUGCUGAUACUUUUAAAGAGACGUAAAAAUGUUGCUGUAAAAAAAAAAAAAUCCCUAGCAAUACUUUUUUUUUUAAAAGUCAAAUUCCCAUAAUACAC